AAAAUCAUAGUCAAAGUUGUGAAUGCAUGCAUGAUGACCUCGUAAACAAGGUUCUAUAAAUUGGAACAUUUUCUAUCUUUCACAUAUUUCUCAGCCGCAAAGCUAGAAAAAACAAACACAAACACAUCACAUCACAUCAAUCAAACACGACGAUGAAUAGGUUCUCGUGCUUUUUGCUUACCAUUGCAUUGAUCGUUGGGUCUAGUAACGCAAUCUGGGAAAAAAACAGUCUCCACUUCAAAAGUUCUCUUCGUCCGGGCAAUACACUGAGGAUUCGUUGUCUAUCGAACGACGACGACUUGGGUGUUCAUUUGUUGAGCCCUGGACAGACCUACGAUUUUAGUUUUCAUGAUAGUAUUUUGAAGACCUAUUUCGAUUGUACCUUAGACCAGGGUCCUAAUUUCUCGUUUCAUGCAAGUUUUACAGCUUAUAAAAGUGGUGGUGGCAUUAUUCGUUAUGGUAAGACCAACUUUUGGGAUGCUAGAGAAGAUGGCAUGUACUUCACACACGGUCAGGAAGCUCCCAAGUUAGAGUAUAAGUGGAUACAUGUUUAAGUGGAAUUUCAAAAUCAUUUUUUUUUUGUAACGUGUAAACCUUUUGGAAUAGUAAAUAUAUGAUUUAUUUCAGUGUUCUAAAAUCUGCGCAUAGGUACGCAUCUACUAUAUUGUUUUCACGUUUUGUAG